CGGCCCAUAGCAGGAGACUUCCUUGUCACUCGCAGAGACAGGUGGACUAAAGACGAGGCCCCCUCGCCCCCCACGCUACAGCUGAGGAUGUCCAUCACAAAGAUCCACGCUCGGGAGAUUCUGGACUCCAGAGGAAACCCCACAGUGGAAGUGGACCUAUGGACAGCAAAGGGUCUUUUCAGGGCCGCCGUCCCCAGCGGCGCCUCCACCGGCGUCCACGAAGCUCUGGAACUCCGAGACGGAGAUAAGAGCCGGUACUUGGGCAAAGGGACGAUAAAGGCCGUGGAGCAUGUCAACAAGGACAUCGCCCCCAAGCUCAUUGAGAAGAACUUCAGUGUUGUGGAACAGGAGAAGAUCGACAAGUUCAUGCUGGACUUGGACGGCACCGAGAACAAAUCUAAGUUCGGCGCCAACGCCAUCCUGGGGGUGUCGCUGGCCGUCUGCAAGGCGGGGGCCGCAGAGAAGGGAGUUCCUCUUUACCGCCACAUUGCUGACCUGGCCGGACACAAAGACGUCAUCCUUCCGGUUCCAGCGUUCAAUGUCAUCAACGGAGGAAGCCACGCCGGGAACAAGCUGGCCAUGCAGGAGUUCAUGAUUCUGCCAGUGGGCGCCGCCAACUUCCAUGAGGCCAUGAGGAUCGGCGCUGAGGUGUACCACAACCUGAAAAACGUCAUCAAAGCAAAGUACGGAAAAGACGCCACCAACGUGGGAGACGAGGGAGGUUUCGCUCCCAACAUUCUGGAAAACAACGAAGCUCUGGAGCUCUUGAAGACGGCCAUUGAGAAGGCCGGAUACCCGGACAAGAUCAUAAUCGGGAUGGACGUCGCGGCGUCCGAGUUCUUCCGCAGCGGGAAGUACGACUUGGACUUCAAAUCACCCGACGACGCAUCCAGACACAUCAGCGGCGAGCAGCUUGGCGACUUGUAUCGCAACUUCAUCAAGAACUACCCAGUCCAGUCCAUUGAGGACCCGUUUGACCAGGAUGACUGGGAGAACUGGGCCAAGUUCACAUCGUCUGUAGACAUCCAGAUCGUAGGAGACGACCUGACCGUCACCAAUCCCAAGAGGAUCCAACAGGCUGUGGACAAGAAGGCCUGCAAUUGUCUCCUCCUCAAAGUCAACCAGAUCGGUUCUGUCACCGAGUCCAUUCAGGCGUGCAAGCUGGCUCAGAGCAGCGGGUGGGGUGUGAUGGUGAGCCAUCGUUCGGGAGAGACGGAAGACACUUUCAUCUCGGACCUGGUAGUCGGGCUCUGCACCGGACAGAUUAAGACCGGCGCCCCCUGCAGAUCAGAACGUUUGGCCAAAUAUAAUCAACUGAUGAGGAUUGAGGAGGAGCUGGGCAACCAGGCCAAGUUCGCUGGGAAGGACUACCGCCAUCCCAAAAUCAACUAAAGUCGCCAUGAGGAGCGAGUGACAACCUCCUGAUGAUAACGAAUAAAACAUAAAUAAUCAA